GAAUACACCAAUGUAUAUAGUACCGGAUCACCUUCAAUACUCUGCGAGCGACAGUCUCACGGUGGAGCUUUCAACUGAGAGCGGAGCAUCACCGCAGUCUAGUGUAGAUUAACAAACCUAGUCCACUCUCCACCCUCAGAUAUGGCUGACCAACUCACCGAGGAGCAAAUUGCUGAGUUUAAGGAGGCUUUCUCCUUGUUUGAUAAGGAUGGUGACGGUACCAUCACAACUAAAGAGCUGGGCACAGUGAUGCGUUCGCUCGGUCAGAACCCCACGGAGGCCGAACUGCAGGACAUGAUCAACGAGGUGGAUGCUGACGGCAAUGGAACCAUUGACUUUCCUGAGUUUCUGACAAUGAUGGCCCGGAAAAUGAAAGACACAGACAGCGAGGAGGAGAUCCGCGAGGCUUUCCGAGUGUUUGACAAGGAUGGGAACGGCUACAUCAGCGCAGCAGAGCUUCGCCACGUCAUGACAAACCUGGGCGAGAAGCUAACGGAUGAAGAGGUGGAUGAAAUGAUCAGAGAAGCUGACAUCGAUGGUGACGGUCAGGUCAAUUACGAAGAAUUUGUACAAAUGAUGACGGCAAAGUGAAGCUCUUCUGUUCUCUCCUGACCUCUUUAGAAGACAAAAAAAAAAAUCAGUCAAAUGUUUUACUUACCUCUUACGCAAAAAUAUUCAUUUAUUCAUACUGUUUCUGUAUAGAAAAAAAACUGAAUGUUAAAAAAGGAAAAUGUCCAUAUAUAGAAAAAAUAUAUGAAAAAACAAACAAACAAACAAAAAAAAAGACAUAAACAAACAUAAAUGACCUGCAUGUACUGGUUAGUGGUCCUGUUCCCAAAGAACUGCUUAGACAUCUACAAAAAGAUCAAUCAAUUAAUCCUGAUAUCAAACCUUCAGAAACUAAAGUAAAAGCAUCUGGUGAACUGCUUAACUGGUUCCAUUUGCUAGUGGCGAUGUUUGGGCUGGCCAAUCAUCUUCUACUUCCUGUUUCUGUUCUACAUGCAUGCAGCUUGAGUCCGGAGCCGCUAUUGGGGCGGAAACCUCAGCGAUGUCUGUCGGAGUGUUCUGGGGGUGAAAUUAAAAGAGGGUUUAAUAUUGUUUGGGGGAGGUGGGCUCGGGAGGUGGGCUUGGGAAGUGGGCUCGGGUGGCGGGCGGGUUUUCAGAAUCUGCAUAGAGGACGAAUGAAUGGGACCUUUGCAGUUUGCUUCAAUAACUAAAUAAAGAGAUAUUUUUAAGAAAAAUGAGCGGUUAAGAGAUUUUAAACUAUGUUUGGCAUGUCAAGAUAUUUGGAGUUUUGUUUCUUUGUGCACUGUGCCCGAUAGUAGGGGCGUUUAGCGGGAGGGAGUGGCUUUGGAGUUUCAGGGCGUGACCUUUCACCUUACAUGGAAGCGUUUUUUGGGUAAGGGCAAUGGUGACUGUAUCAUAAAUGUUUUAUCUUUUAGUUUUUCUCUGGGCUCUGACUGUGAGCAUGUUGAUUACUCUGGAGAGUGCAAAAGAGGGCUUUGGCCGCCAGGGGUUUGUUUCGACUGCCCACCUUCAGUUCUGUUUAUGUUCAUUCCAAGUUGUAUAUGCUCGUCUUUUUGAUUUUUUUUCCAAUAAAAGAACAUGAACUUGAA